AUGGGGAUGAGCUUUGCUCUUGUACACUAUCAUUACCUGGGCGGAGUGGUUGGUGGCCAGGUGAAGGCCGUUCUUACUGCGAUGGUCUUUGAGAAGUCAUUGAGGCUCUCUAACAAUGAAAGUACCACGUGGCCUGACGGAAAGAUAUCGAAUCUCCUCACAGUGGACUCGCAGCGUAUUGAGAGUGCUCUGCUAUAUGCCAACAUGAUUUGGAGUGAGCCAGUGGCCGUGGUCGUGGCAUUGGCAAUCCUGUUCUAUAAUCUUACCUGGAGCGCGCUGAGUGGUCUCUUACUCCUUGGAGUGGGUGCAAAAGGCCUGGAAUUCAGCAUGGGUUGGCUGGUAUCAAGGCGCAUGGCAAUCAAUGCCGCGGUAGAUCACAGAAUAUUGAGCCUCUUCGAAGGACUGCGCAAUAUGAAAUUUGUCAAAUUCCAUGCCUGGGAGCCAUACUUCCUUCGUCGGAUCUCUGAUGUCAGAGCAGCCGAGGUCCAACAGCAACACAAGCUAUUAAGCCUUCAGAGCACGAUCAUGUCGUUGUCUACUUCGCUGCCUUCGUAUGCGGCCAUGUUAUCGUUCAUUGUAUUCAUGACAGUCCAUGGCCGGCUGACUGCCGCCGAGGCGUUUUCCUCCCUGGCACUGUUCAACUGUCUUCGCAAGCCUCUUAAUAUCUUGCCCAUUGUGCUUAACCAACUCAUCGAUGCAUGGGUUUCCAUACAACGCAUUGAAUCAUUCCUGAAAGCGGACGAUCAACAGAAGACCAUCGAGUGGGACAUGAACGCCGUCGAUGUUAUCAAAAUAACCAACGGCUACUUUUCCUGGAAUCAUGCUGCCGAACACAAUAUCUCGUCUUCUGCAAUUGACGAGGAGACCAGUCUGCUGUCCGCACAUGAGGAAUUCAGUAUGCCGGGCAGUAGGAUUUCGUCGUUGGCCCUAAGUAACGUUGACUUGCAGGUCACGCCAGGAGAGCUUAUCGCAGUCGCGGGGCCCGUAGGCGCAGGCAAAAGUGCCCUUCUUCUCGCUCUUGCCGGCCAGAUGAGCCAAAUUCGAGGCCAUAUCGUCCUAGGCGCUACACGAUCCUUCUGCUCUCAAGUGCCAUGGAUUGAAAGUGGGACUGUCCAGGAGAACAUUCUGUUUGGAAAACCUUUACUACAACCAUGGUAUGAUGAGGUGGUGGAGGCGUGUGCCUUAAAGCAAGACCUCAAGACAUGGGAGCAUGGCGACGCUACCUACAUCGGUGAGCAAGGUAUUACACUAUCCGGUGGCCAGAAACAACGUAUCAGUCUUGCGCGAACCAUAUACGCAGACGCCGAUCUAUUGCUUCUUGAUGAUCCUCUAUCAGCUGUGGACGCGGACGUUAGCCAGCACAUCUUCAACAAAGCCAUUCUUGGCUUAUUGCGUCGGAAAACUUGUCUUCUGGUGACCCACCAAAGGCACAUAAUCACCCAAUGCGACCGUGUUUUAUGGCUUGAAAAGGGCCAUAUCAAAGCCUCUGAAAACCCAUCCAAUCCAUCGUCUGGUGAUGAAUUGCUGUCACAUUUGAUUCCCGCGCAAAAGAAUUACCAGCCAAAUGACUCGAAGAAUGCAGAGCAUGGUGCAUUGACUACUGAAGACGAUAAAGCAGUACAUAGCGACCAAGACCAGAACACGGUGAUAGACAGUGAGACUCAAAAGGCGGGCAGGGUCCACGGAUCCGUUUACAAAACAUAUCUUUCUGCUUCGGGCUCAAUCUUCCAUUGGCCUAUUCUAUUCUCCAUAUUGAUUGUUUCGCAAAUAGCUGGAAUCUUCACUGGCGUUUGGCUAUCAUGGUGGGUGGAUAACACCUUAGGGUGGGAUAAUCGUGCUUAUAUAGUUGGCUAUAUCCUCUUGGGGGUAGUGCAGAGCGUUCUCGCGUGGGUGUAUCUCAGCCAGGCUUCAUUCACCGGUUUGCGAGCCAGUGACAAUCUGUUCAAGACAGCUCUCUCGAGUGUCUUAUAUGCGCCCAUGUCAUUCCACACUGCCAAUCCUGUUGGCCGGCUGAUGAACCUGUUCUCUAGUGAUGUGAAUCAGCUGGACAAUGGUGUGAGUGGCUCAGUCCAGGCGUUCUUCGUGCUAGUGGGCAUUGCUUUCUCUACCUUCCUACUCAUCUCUGUUCAGUUCCCUCUUUUUGUGUUAUCAUUGCCGGUGAUUGCUUCAGUUGUAUCCUACACUUCCGCCUACUAUCGCGCUUCGAGGCAAGAGCUGAAGCGCUUUGAAACAGUAUCACGCUCUACUGUUGCAGGGAAUGCCGUCGAGUGUAUUGCAGGCCGUCAGACUAUCCGAAGCUUCGGUGUCCAACAUAUUUUCCAAAGCAGAUUGAGUAUCGCCAUCGAUGAAGCAAGCAACUUUUCAUAUCUGAUGAUCGCAAGCCAGCAGUGGUUGAAUCUCCGACUGGAUACACUGGGCAAUGUUCUCAUUCUGUUUGUCGGGGCCUUGAUGGUCAUGUCUGACAACUCCAUCCCGGCAAGCAUGUCUGGGUUGUUGAUGACUUAUGCCCUGGCUGUCGUGCAAAUCAUCCCUGGGAUUGUAUCUCAAACCGCUGAGAUUGAGAAUUCCUUUAUUACAGUCGAGCGAAUGAUACAAUAUGGCAAUGAAAUUCCGACAGAGAUGUCCGUGUCGGCUAGUGUGCCACCCUCAACGUGGCCGGAAACAGGAACCAUAACCAUGAAAGAAGUCAGCCUACGAUAUAAAAGUGAUCAUCCUCGAGCACUAAAAGACGUCAGCUUUACAAUCAGUAGCGGAGAAAAGAUCGGUAUCAUUGGGCGUACCGGUGCAGGCAAAUCCUCAAUUGUAUCCGUCCUUUUUCGACUCUUCCCCCUGGAGCAUGGGUCGGUUCUCAUUGACAAUGUGAACAUUGCAGAUUUGGACAUUCAUUCCUUGAGAUCCAAAUUAGCUAUUAUCCCUCAAGACCCCACUCUCUUCCAGGGCACGGUUCGAACAAACCUAGAUCCAUCUGGAGAAUACGCAGAUGAUGAUCUCUGCCAUGCACUUCGCAAAACCAACCUUUAUCCGCAAGUCCACCUUGAUCGAGACGUUCAGCCAGAUGGUAAGAACUUUUCUCUGGGCGAGCGACAGUUACUGGCGUUGGCACGUGUUUUGGUGCGAGACCCUCGCAUCCUCGUCUGUGACGAGGCCACUUCUGCCGUCGAUCAAGACACGGAUCGAGCGGUGCAGCAAACCCUGCUAGAGGCAUUUCAGCACCGAACAGUGAUCUGCAUUGCUCAUCGACUGCAAACAAUUAUACGAUAUGACCGAAUCUGCAUUGUAGAUCAAGGCAGAGUUGUUGAUUUCCAGAGUCCACUUGCGUUGUUCGAUUCAAAUGCCGAGUUCCGCCAGAUGUGUGAGCUCAAUUACAUCACCCGCAAGGAUGUUGUUUAG